GGCAUGCAUCAGGCAUAGCUUCGUCAUAACGUAUGAAUCCAAAAUUACCACUCCGCUCUAUCGCAAACUCAUUUAUCUUUGUAAACAGAGAGCUAAUACUUGAUAAAAUUAACUUGGAUCACUCUAAAAGACGAGAGCAUCGCGUCUAAAAAGGCGGUAAAACUAUGUAUAGAUAAUUAGUGAGAGACUUUGCGGACAACAUGGGGUGGAACAUCGCUGUGUGCUGCCUCUACUUUGUUGCCAUGACGGCUGCUCAUCCUUACACAAUCCACCGCAGUCGACGAGAGGCCGCUAAAAACAGCGCGGGAGGUUCUUGUGCCGCUGACCGAUAUCGCUGUGACAACGGUAAAAAGUGCAUACCUCUCAAAUGGAUUUGUGAUUCCGUCGCUGACUGUGACGACAAGCGGGAUGAAAGGAACUGUAUUCCAGCCAAUCAGAUCGCAGGAUUAAACAGCAAAGCUAUAGAAGAGGCAAAAAAUAUAUUACAGGAGUCAACCGUAAAAGGAGGAUGUGCAGAAGGCCAGUUUGCUUGCGAAAAAACAAACAAGUGCUUGGCCAAGAGUUCGUUGUGUGACACAGUCCAUGACUGUGACGAUGGAAGUGAUGAGAAGAACUGUCCCAUCAGCAGCCGAGAUGAAGAAUUUGGUUGUGGAUCCGACAAGUUCACUUGUGACAACGGGGCGAAGUGCUUACCGCUGACCUGGUUGUGCGACAGCAUCACUGACUGUAUGGAUAGUAAGGACGAACACAACUGUCCGGCUACAAUCCCCGGAAAAACACUUGCGCGAGCAGCCCAAGAUGCUGCAGUGACCGCUGCCCAGGAAGCCAAACGCGCUGCACUUGCCGCUGACAAUAUGAUGAAAAAAGCGCAGGAAGCUGUAGAGAAGGCGAAGCGAGCAAUGGCGAUUGCAGAGGCUAAUGAGAGUUAAAUGCGUGUAGCUUUACUUAGAAUUAAGCCAUAACAUUUUAGGACCCAUAAAGCAAGAUUGCCAUCUGUGGGGACAUCAUGCGGUCUAUCUUAACCGUCCGCAAGCUAAUAAUGGUCUGGCCUGUUGUGUGUGGGGUGCCAAAUUGAAAACAAAAAUAUUCAGCAAUCUUGUCGACCAGUACCCUUGAAACCAAAGGCUCAUUUGUUUUUAGCAAAAAGAAGAGAAAGAGAGAGUAGGGCUGACGAAGCACUUUUAUACUAACAGGGGGUGGGUAAAGCGGAAUUUUACCGUCUGGAACCCAUGGCACACAGUCAGCAAACCCUUAUUGAUCGAAAACUUUGUUUUAUUUCUUUAUUUUUUUUAAGCUUUCCGUUUCGACUGUUUACGCCAUCCUGUCACCGAGAUGUCCACUCCAAUAGUUUUACGUCUAGGAAAAUGAGAACUGAAGUUUAUAGAUGAGUGUCGUAGCGUUAGGAAGCUUUUAAAGCAGUUACAGUCACUGUUAUUGUGUGUACUAUAUGCUUUCUAGUAAAAUUUAAGACAAAAAAAAAA